GAGAGAGAGCGCAAGAGAGAGACCACAAGCAAGCCAAUCACAGUGGAUCUUGGAUAUGUAAAUGUUGGUCUGAUGUGAGAAUCAUUCACUUCACUGAUUUCAGUGCUGGUUCAGCAUCAAACCAUGACAUUGUUUUUAGCAAUGACAAUUCUUAGUACUGCAUUGAUGACUCAAACCAAGGAGGAUCCUCAAUCACUUAUUUUGAAAGAAGCUAAACUUGGAGAUACUGUUGCUCUGGAUUGUGCAGUUUUGAAAGACGAGAAUAUCUAUUCGGAGUUAUUCUGGUAUAAGCAAUCUCUGGGACAUAAUCCCCAAAUGGUAGUUAGAAGAUAUCAGACAUCAUUGAUUUACCCAUCGUUUAUGCCAAGGUUCACAGCGGGAAAUGGAAGUAACUUCAAUUUGACAAUCAGCAAGGUUAAAACAGAGGAUGAGGCAAAUUAUUUCUGUAAUCAAGGAGGAAAAUAUCAACACACUUGGAGCAAUGGCGUUUUCCUGUCCGUAACAGAUCCCAAUGACCAGAGGUUUGUCUCCCAGACUGUGGUCCAACAGCCUGUGUCAGCAUCAGCUCAGCUGGGAGACACUGUGGCUCUCCAGUGCUCUAUUACCUCCCAGAGGACGGACCACAGUAACCAGUGCCAAGGGGAACCCAGUGUGUACUGGUUCAGAUCAGGACCAUCUCACCCUGCUGCCAUUUACAUGAAUGGAAACAGGAGUGGUGAAUGUCAGAAUAGUUCUGGGCCUCCGUCUGCUCCACAGAGCUGUGUCUACACUCUCCCCAAGAACAAUGUAGACUCCUCUGAUGCUGGGACCUACUACUGUGCCCUGGCAGCAUGCGGGGAAGUUGUGUUUGGAAAUGGAACUAAACUGGACCUAACAGAACCCGACAGGCAUCUGGUUAUCGUGGUGCUUGGAAUACUGUUGGCUUGCUGUUUGGUUGGAAAUAUUAUCCAGUUCAUAACGAGUUAUAAAAAGAAAGUUUGUGAGCAUUGCAAAGGAAAUCCAAGUGCCGCCUUCCAUGUUUCCCAUACCUCAAUGAUUCAGGAACUACAGGAGGAGGAAAAUGAUUCCUUGAACUACGCAGCGGUGGAGUUCUCUGGCAGGAUAACCAGAGGAAGGAAGAAGAACAGUGAAAGGACUCAGGAGAGUCUGUAUUCUGCUGUGAGAGAAACCUGACGCUGAAGUCCAUCACCUACAUUUGACGUGAAGGCAGCCACAAUUAUGUUAAGUGGUAUAGCAUGUGCUUGGUGACUUUACAAUAAUUACAGCAAUUUAGGAUGGAAUAAAGGCGGGAAAGAGAGGACCCCUAUUUUACCACACUGUGUCAACUUAAUGAGCCAUUUCUAAAUAUAUCCCUUUUUGAUAACACAAUGUGGGCGUAUCCAACCAGCUGGAAGGGUUUGACUGGUGCAUUGCAUCAUCUGGUAGGCUGGAGUUGAUCUGUCUGUCACACAUCUGAGUGAACCCUCCCACUGAGGUCACACAUUUAGAUAUUAAAAUGGCUUGUCCACACGACACCUGGUAGAAAGAUAGAUAUACUGUACAAAACAAGGCUAACUAUGAAUGUGGUAUUUAUUUAAAUUUAAAAAAAUAAAACCAAAAACUUUACUUCUCUGCUUGCAUCUAUAUACACACAAGUACAGCAUACAGUACACACCUUACUAACCAUGUCCAUUCCCAUGAAUGGAGACCACAAAACGGCAGGCAUACAAUGCAUGGAAGCUUCAGUGAUAAUGAUCGAUAGGGCUCUAAUCUGCUGUUCUCAACUCUAUCCUUCUCUACCUAAUUCCCCUGUCAGUCCUUAACAAUUUGGAAAACUUCUGCCGACGUACGAAAACUUUGGCGAAUACGCUGGCAUACAUCGAAUAGGUUAUGGGUGUUUUUAUAUAAGUUGAAGUACGCUGGAGCAUCAUGGAAUACGCUGGCAUAAGUCAUAAUAAAAUCACACAUGAGCUGCUCGUCUGC